CCGGGAACGCCAGCCAACCCGCGCGAGAGUCCCGCUGAACGUCCCCGCCGCGCGCUGGAGAGGGGACGUUCGCCCCCGCUUGGCCCCGCCCCUUCCGACUAGCUCCUCCUUUCCCCCCCGUCCUCCGCGCUUUCGCCCACCCGAGCAGCGGGCCCUUCGCCGCCCUCCCUCCCUCCCUGAGGCAGCCUGCGGGGUGGGCCUCUGCCGAGCCGCCGCCGCCGCCAUGCAGAUCACGCUGAAGACGCUGCAGCAGCAGACCUUCAAGAUAGACAUCGAUCCCGAGGAGACGGUAAAAGCGCUGAAAGAGAAGAUUGAAUCAGAAAAAGGGAAAGAUGCUUUUCCUGUAGCGGGCCAAAAAUUAAUAUAUGCAGGUAAAAUACUUAAUGAUGAUAUUGCUCUUAAAGAAUACAAGAUCGAUGAGAAGAACUUUGUGGUGGUUAUGGUGACAAAACCCAAAGCAGCAUCAGCUAGUCCAGCUCCAUCACCAGCUACAACUCAGCAGUCAAAUACUGUUAGCUCUUCUACAGUAGAUGCUGCAGCCCCAACACCAGCACCUGCCCCCGCACCUGCUUCUGGUCCGGUUACAGCUCCUGCACCAGCUACUCCAACACCACCUGCGGUCGCUUGUGAGCCUGCACCAGUAAGUGUCCCUGUAGAAGAGAAACCAGCAGAGAAGCCAUUAGAGACACCAGCUGAUCCCAGUCCACUACCUACAGACAGUCCAGCAGAUGAUACUUCACGAUCAAAUCUCUUUGAAGAUGCUACAAGUGCGCUUGUGACAGGCCAGUCCUAUGAAAAUAUGGUGACCGAGAUCAUGUCGAUGGGAUACGAGCGAGAGCAAGUGAUUGCGGCACUAAGAGCUAGCUUCAACAAUCCUGACAGGGCAGUGGAGUACCUACUAAUGGGUAUCCCUGGGGAUGAGAGAGAGUCGUGCAUGACUGGAUUUACCGUUGGCUGCAAGCUACGCUUUGGUGCCUCUCCAUCCUCAGCAGUAGCGGCGGCGGCAGCAACCACUACAACAACAACAACUACUACUACUAGUUCUACAGGAGGACAUCCACUUGAAUUUUUACGAAACCAACCUCAGUUCCAGCAGAUGAGGCAAAUUAUUCAGCAGAAUCCAUCUCUUUUGCCUGCCUUGUUACAGCAAAUAGGACGGGAAAAUCCUCAGCUAUUGCAGUCCUCCCAUGCACCACAGCAAAUAAGCCAACACCAAGAGCAUUUUAUUCAGAUGUUAAAUGAGCCUGUGCAAGAAUCAGGUCAAGGGGGUGGCGGCAGCGGUGGCGGCGGUGGCGGCGGAAUAGCAGCUGAAGCUGGAAGCCGUCACAUGAACUAUAUUCAAGUAACACCUCAGGAAAAAGAAGCUAUAGAAAGGUUAAAGGCGCUAGGGUUCCCCGAAGGACUUGUGAUUCAAGCGUAUUUUGCGUGCGAGAAGAAUGAAAAUUUGGCAGCCAACUUCCUUCUACAACAGAACUUUGAUGAAGAUUGAAAGGGAGAGAGACUUUAAAAAAAAAUCUCACACAUCACACCAGUGCAUUACGCUAGCUGUUCACUGGAUUGUCUGGGAUACUUGGGCUCAUAUCCAUGAUACUUGGUGUAAGGUAUGGGGGGUGGGGGGUGGGAGGGUGGGGAGAGAUAAGAAAAUAUAGAAAAGGAAACAAGGAAAGACAAACAUGUCUCUGCUCUAAAUCAGCAGAUGAAGCAGAUCACACAAAAUGUAAAAUAAUAUACAACCAAAAAUCAGCCUUUUUGCAGAUAUCUAGUUCCUUGACUUUUUUUCUCCCCCUACCCCACCCCCCCGGUUUUCACUCUUUUAGUGUACUAGUUCCCAAAAUUAGUGUGGUGCCCUGCUUUGUUUCUUCUUAAUUAACAUUGGUCUUGCAGAUAGCUUUUGCUACCUAGACUUGACAGUCUGUAUUUCAUGGUAACACUGGAUAAUGACUUUGUAAAUUGAAGGGAAAAAAAAGUAUAUUUGAGCAACUCUUACAACGUAAAUGCCAAAAAAUGUAGGUGGAGGGGUGUGAUUUGCUGCUUCAGAUGUAUCAAGUUACUGCAAGAGACCCAUUUCACCCAAAUGGUUGCAUUAGAAUUAUUCAAAUUUAUUAAAAACAAAAAUCCCCGCUCAUUGUUUUGGAUUCUUGAUCAUUGAUUUGUGAGGAAUCUUUCCCUAGCUCUGCCCCCUUCUUCCUUUCAUAACCUAAGUGGAGAGGCUAUAUAUACAUGCAAAUUAAAAUUAUACCUUUUCUCUAUUGGUCAAAUACAACAAGAUAACCAGAUUACUUCACCAUUAUGUUUCAGUAUUUUUUUUUUUUAUAAUACAGGCAUUGCAUGUUUGGGUUUGAUGUAUCCCUUUUUUUGUGAAUUGAGCACUUUUUAUUGCCAAUGAAGAAAAUGUAAACUCUCCAUCCUAGUAAAAGUAUUUAUGAAGAAAUGAGAUUCCAUUCUACCUACGUUUUGUUUAAAGCAAAACUGAUCUGAUGAAUACAGCUGCAAGUACUUCAAAACUAGGUGUCUUAAAUGCUUGUAAUCUUAUAGUUUCAAUCUCUGGGACUCUGAAGGCUAUUGUCAUUUGUACUGCUUUAAAAAGGACUGUAAUGUUCCAGUAACUUGCAUUCUCUUCUGUUUAAAAGCCUUGUGAAAUUUUCCUGCUCUCGAAGAGGUGUUCAGAACGCGGGGAGAAAAGUUGAACAAUCAAGCUAUUGGAUCCCUAAAAAUUAUGCACAUCCCCCUUUUAUUUCCUAUUAAAAGUAACAUCUAAUUGUAA